AUGACUAUGUUUUCUGACCGCCAGUUGGCCCAGGACGUUGAUGGGCUACCCGCACCUGCUACCUUGGCCCACUUUGUGAUUGUGAUGCCAGAACUCGAGCCAAAUGCACCCAAAGUCUUUCGAACCUCAGCCCUCAAGCGCGAAUACUCUGUGCUACCAGAUUCCGUGAAGCCGCCGCUGAACCGGUCCCAUGUGAAGUGCCGGCGCCAGAGGGAGGAGAGGAAUGUCAAAGAGGGCCAAUACCCUCGCUCUCGCGUCAUUGAGAAGUAUGCCCAGACUAGCAGUCUCCAAUGUUGGUAUCUUUCUCUUAUGAACGCAUCAGUAUUUGAUGCGUACAUUUAA